CCGUUCUUUCCUGUACCCUGCACCUGCCAUCCCCCCCGUUCCCCUCCGUGCGCCGCCGCCACGCCACGCCCAGCAGACAGCGCAGCCAUGCCGCUCCACCUGCUCUCGUCCCCGGCCGCCGCCGCCAAGCUCGCCGCAGGCCUGCGCGCGGCGCCUCUCCGUCGCUGCCACAGCUUCGCCCCGGCGCCGCGCCACACGGACCGUGUGGCCCUGGCGUCGUCCCUCUCGGUGGCGGCGCGGUCUGCAAGCCCCGCCGUGGCUGCGGCGCAGACCGAGCUCAGCGGUUUUAACUGUUGGCGGUAUCCUACAGUUUCAGGAAAGAAACAAGUAUUGAUAUCGUUGUCGGAUAAAACGGACUUGGCUUAUCUUGGCAACGGUCUUCAGGGUUUGGGGUAUUCCAUCGUCUCCACCGGUGGAACAGCAUCCAGCCUGGAAGCAGCAGGAGUCAGUGUAACAAAAGUUGAAGAAAUCACACAUUUCCCUGAAAUGCUUGAUGGACGAGUGAAAACAUUGCAUCCAAGUAUACAUGGUGGUAUUCUUGCCAGGAGAGACCAGGAGCAUCAUUUGAAGGCACUGAAGGAUCAUGGAAUUGGGACAUUUGAUGUGGUUGUGGUGAAUUUGUAUCCCUUUUAUGACAAAGUCACCUCUGGUAACAUCUCUUUUGAGGAUGGCAUUGAAAAUAUUGAUAUUGGUGGUCCCACAAUGAUCAGAGCUGCAGCCAAGAACCAUAAGGAUGUUCUUAUUGUGGUGGAUCAUAAUGAUUACCCUGCUUUACUGGAGUACCUUAAAGGAAAGCAAGAGGAUCAGCAGUUCCGCAGGAUGUUGGCAUGGAAAGCUUUCCAGCAUGUUGCCUCUUACGAUUCUGUUGUGUCAGAAUGGUUUUGGAAGCAAUCGAAUAAAGUAGGAGAGAUGUUUCCCCCAAGCUUUACUGUGCCACUUGAGCUGAAGUCUACACUCCGGUAUGGCGAAAAUCCUCAUCAGAGUGCUGCGUUCUAUGCUGACAAGAGCCUUUCUCGUGUUGGUGCUGGUGGUAUUGCCACUGCUAUUCAACACCAUGGAAAGGAAAUGUCUUACAACAAUUACUUGGAUGCGGAUGCUGCAUGGAACUGCGUAUCAGAGUUUGAUAGUCCUACUUGUGUUGUGGUGAAGCACACAAAUCCAUGUGGCGUUGCUUCACGACAGGACAUUCUUGAAGCUUACAGGUUAGCUGUAAAGGGAGAUGCCGUCAGUGCAUUUGGUGGGAUAGUUGCAUUCAACACAACAAUUGAUGAGGAUCUUGCGAAGGAAAUUCGUGAGUUCAGGAGUCCUACAGAUGGUCAGACACGGAUGUUCUAUGAGAUAGUGGUUGCUCCCGGCUAUACAGAUAAGGGUCUUGAGAUUCUCCGAGGCAAGUCAAAGACGCUGAGAAUACUUGAGGCGAAGAGAAGUGGAAAAGGGAUGCUUUCACUCAGGCAGGUGAGUGGUGGGUGGUUGGCUCAGGAGUCUGAUGAUCUAACCCCUGAAGAGAUCACCUUUACUGCAAAGUCUGAGAGGUCUCCGCAAGAAAACGAGCUUGCCGAUGCCAAAUUUGCCUGGCUUUGCGCAAAACAUGUCAAGAGCAAUGCCAUUGUGAUAGCCAAGAACAACUGCAUGCUGGGAAUGGGCAGUGGUCAGCCAAACAGACGAGAGAGCGUCAGAAUCGCCUUCAGGAAGGCAGGAGAAGAGGCCAAGGGAGCUGCAUUGGCUAGCGACGCCUUCUUUCCUUUUGCCUGGAACGACGCCGUUGAGGAGGCGUGUCAGAAUGGCAUCGGAAUCAUCGCUCAGCCAGGAGGCAGUAAGAAGGACGAGGACGCCAUCGCGUGCUGCAACAAGUACGGCGUGUCGCUCGUCCUCACCGGCGUUAGACACUUCAAGCAUUAGCAUGGCUGCUCAUCUUAACUUUUUAGGGAGUUAGUGAAAAAAAUGAGCUCGGGAGAUGUCAUAAUAAUUAAGAGCCGAAGCUCUUCUGUUUUGGAAGCUGCAGCUUGUAGAGCUGCCCUGAUGAGUAGCUUUCGCCACGGUAUACUGCAAAUUUUGGAUUCUGUAGGCGUAUGCUUUUGCUCGGUGAGCUCGUGGGGGAAGUUUCUCCUGGUGUCGAAUAAGCUGAUGGAUGUGUCGUUAGUGCCAACUGAACCCAAGCUAAGCUCUUGCAAGUUGCAAUAGCACUACCUAAUUAGUACUGGAUAUUUGGAUGUCUGAAUUUUUCAAGAUGUCUUCGGAUAUAGGAGUAUAGGACUGAGA